CCUAGCGGAGGAAGUCUAUCGAUCGGUGCCGUCCGUUUUCGAAUAAAAGAAUAUUAAAAUAAAACCGUUUUCAUGAAACAAAAACAAUUUAAUUGUUAAUUAAAUAAUCACGACUUCUGAUAGCUACGGCAACGCUAUUCUUCUUGUUUCAUUACAAAUUAAGUGAAAAAUGAAAAGUGCUUAUCUAUUAGUGUUUUUGAUUUGUUAUGUGGCUUGCAACGGUGAUAAAGAGGCAGAAAUUGAAGACAAGAAGAAGAAAAUAAUUGAACAAUUGACUAGUACACGGCCGGUAAUCAAAGAAGGGUACCAAUUGGUAACGAGACAUGUCGGUAUCGACGUAUACAUGUAUAGAAGUUAUCGCACCGUUUCUGUGGUCUUCUAUCCCGUUAUAAACGACAUAAGCGAUGCACUAUUUACUUUUCAAUCUGAAGAACUUCAUUUAAAUAAUAUAGGCUCUUGCAGUCCUCGAGAUGUGAUAAUACACCUUAAAUAUGGAUCGUAUCCUGCCGUUAAUCCAGAUGGAUAUUCCUUCCCAAAAGAUUUUAUUGACGCAGAUCGCAGGGAAAAUAUGUACACAGUAGAACUUCUCUCUGACGGGAAUAAUAUUUCGUUUUCAAUAAAAAAUCCGAAGCCUGGUAUUUGGUACGCCCUGGCCUACAUCAAAUGGGAGGAUCCGAGAACGCAAAAAGUUGAACAAGAAGGCUUAGUUGCUGAUUGCCAUACAAUUUUAUACACUGACCUGCAAUUGAAAUCUGAUGACACAUCUCGUUACAUGAACUGUUACAAACCUUUGACAUUAGAAUACGAAACGUUACCGACACUAUUCAAAUGCAAAUCAGAAGAUAAUUUGAAACCAAUAAAACUCAACAUGAAUAUCGCAAUGACAACAGCUACAAGCAGCAAAAUAGCAGUUAGGGUUCAAUCUGAAUCAUCUCCGACAGAGGACAACUUUAUAUUAUAUUGUGUAUUCGAUCCGAAUGUAAAUAACAACCAGAUAGUUAUAUUCCACGCCUACCCAAACGCUGUUCAUUUCAUCAAUUUAGAUUUAAUUGAAGGUAACACAUCCAAUAUAACCGACUGUGAUUCGUAUGCCGCGAGUGAUUUCGAAGAAACGGAUAAUCAAACUCUAGUAAGUCUCAUGCGUGACGAUAAAGACAGAUUUUUCGCAUUCGACUACGGAUUACCGACAACAGAUUUACAAGACGUAACCAGUUUAGUGAAUUUGUCCUCGAAUGAAAUCAGGUCGAUGAGAUUUGAAAUCAAUCAAUUCAUAGAUAUUGGAGGAAGUUUGACGAUCGAAACGAGUCUUCUAAUGAGCUUGAAAUACUACAUGGGUUACAAAAGGGAGCUCAAGAAAGGAGCGCUGUUGGCAUUCACAGAAGAAAAUCAGUUCUUUAAAGUGGUCGUCUGUUUAGACAUCAGUCACGCGAGUGUGCCGUUAGAAUCAGGGCAUUGUAAAUUUAAUGAUCGUAUCAAACCUGCGCUGUUUGUUUUAAAUAGCACCGAUUCAGAAUCUAUUUACGACAAAGUAAUAAUUCCGUUCCCUGAAGGAGCUUUAUGGUACUUGACGUUCCGGCUAUUCUGCGACAGCGUUGUCUGUCCCUGUCGCACUUCGCACAAUGGCACAAGGUAUUACGUGGACACCACUGAGAAUUCUGACGAAAUUGAUUCUACCACAUUUUCUAAUAUAACAAGGGAAGGUGAGACAGAAUGUAAUGCGACCGUUGUAUUGUCAAUAUCUUCGAAUUCUUGCGUCAAUGGUAGAUGCAGUAACCACGGCAAUUGCGGAAUAAAUACAUUUAGUGGACUUGUGAUGUCGUUCUGCUCUUGUUCUUCGGGAUAUGGCGGCUGGGAUUGUUCAGACGAAUCAAGGGUAGACAGUCAUUUCUACAUGGUACUCGCUGUUCUACUUCUAACGCUGAGCAACCUUCUCUUCCUGUUCUCCAUCUACGUUGCGAUAAUUCGCUUCUAUUUCGUCGAGGCAGUCAUGUACAUGUUCACGAUGCUGUUCUCCACCUUCUACCACGCGUGUGAUGCACCUGCCCAAAUCGCCUACUGCAUCAUGAGAGGUAACAUGCUACAAUUCGGUGACUUCUACUGCGGACUAAUGUCGUUCUGGGUAACACUUCUAGCUAUGAGCAUAAUUAGUUUAAAACUGAGAUCCUUCCUGCAAAUAAUUGGUGCAAUAAUAAUAGCUCUAUUGACAACGUGGAAUAUGCAUUCGUUCGUUGCAUUCCUUAUACCGGUCGCUUUUGGUGCGUUCAUAUUAAUUGUUAGUUGGUAUGUGGAUUAUAAGAAGACAAAACAAGUUAAAUAUCCGCGUUCCUAUUAUACAACAUAUAUGCCAUUGGGUCUUGCAUUGGUGUCCGUCGGUCUGAUUUGCUACGCGUUUUUGCAAACUGAACAGAAUUAUAAAAUAGUACAUUCGAUAUGGCACAUGAUUAUAGCCAUCAGCGUUGUAUUCCUACUGCCCGAUGUUAAAAGGCACAACGUAAACCCGUUUCUACCGAACAGGGAUUUGUACUCGUCGCCAUUUUGGAAAGUUUUAAAUAGACGAGAAGAUUAAAAAGUAAUCGAAUAAUGUCGAUAUUGAUUAAGGCUAAAACGUUUUAUGGUCCCCGAUUACGAUGCGCUGUUUUCGCAAUUUGAUUGAAACGUUUAAUAAAAUGUAUCUAUUGACUUUAUCAAUUUGUAGCGAGAGCCAUCUUUUGGCGAUGUAGGUGCAAUCAAAUGUUAGUCUGUAAGUAAUAAGUAUCUAAUCAAUGUGAGGAUAUUUUACUCCAUGAGAAAAAAAAAACAAGAAAAUCUAUAUUUUUCUGUGUUUUCACAAAUUUAAUCGUCUUAGAACUAAAACUUCACAUGACAAUAUAAUAUACUCAUAAGGUAUUUAAAAGUAAAAUAAAUAUCUUUAAAAAAAAAACUAAUACUCUUUAAGAAAAUACUUCGUACAAUGUUCCUCUGUUUCUCUGUGUUGCUAUUUAAUAAUUUCAAUUUUAUUACGUAGAAAAUAUAAGUGUUAUAUAUUUUAAAAUAAUGCCGUGGUUCCACAUUCAGCUACAAAAUAAAGCGUGGUUCUACACUAAUUAAAAUUAAAGGUAUAUUGUUCAUGUUGUUUGUUACUUUGUAAAUUAU